AUGGACUCCCAUACCCAUUAUGUGUCUGUGAGCGUGAGGAGGGAGAAAAAGGAAAAGUAGGAGCUGUCUCCGACCAGAAAAGUGAGAUGGAAGCCUGUAAAUAUAAUAAUAACCACUGCAGCCAAAAAGAGUGCCUGACGAGCCCAGUUGUAACUGUGAAGCACAUCAUCUGAACCACCCGACACGACGACAAGAAAUUUUUCAUCCAAGAUGACUGAAAAUAGCAACCAUAAUGUAUCCAGCCACCCUGUAGGGUCCCAUUCUUUGAAUGUUUUUACCAUUACACUCCAUGGCAUUUUCGCUACAAUUGGCAUCGUGGAAAACCUCCUCAUCGUUGCAGUGGUGGGCUUCCAUGUCCGUCGCUCCAUCAUUAGCAUCUGGAUCCUGAACCUUGCAGUGUCUGACCUGCUAGCCACUUCUUCACUGCCCUUCUUCACCCUGUACAUGGCCCGGGGCAAAACCUGGACACUGGGGACAACUUUCUGCCGAAUCCAUUCCUCCAUCUUUUUUCUCAACAUGUUCGUCAGUGGCUUCCUGCUGGCGGCCAUUUCUCUGGACCGCUGCUUGGUGGUGCUGAAACCUGUCUGGGCCCAAAACCACAGAAACAUCCAACUAGUUAAGAAGAUAUGUGGGGUGAUUUGGGCCAUGGCUCUGAUCUGCACUAUCCCCUUCUUCCUGUUCCGUGAUGUCAUCCCUUUAGGAGAUGGCCGGAAUCUCUGUUACUAUGAUUAUGCACGAUUCCUGCCUAAACCAAAGAAUCAGACAAAUAAUAAACCUAUAAUUAAACAACGGAAAGAAGGACUGGCAAUAAUGAAGCUGUUUUUUGCCUUCUUAAUCCCUUUGGUCAUCAUCAUAGUGAGCUAUGCUGUUGUACACUCCAUAAUAGCAAACAGAUGUAACCGUCGGCCUUUUCGUUUUGUUCGGCUUGUAGUGUCUGUGGUGGUGAGCUUUGUACUCUGCUGGGCACCCUACCACAUAUUCAUCGUCAUGGAAGUGAUGGCUCCAAACUCUCACUCUGUUCAGGGUUUUAUAAAACAGGCGCUCCCAGUUGCAGCGACGAUCGGCUUCCUCAACAGCGUCCUCAAUCCUGUUCUGUAUGUGUUCAGCUGCCCUGACCUGUGCAAUAAGAUCCGACAUUCUCUCGGUGCAGUGAUGGAGUCUGUUCUGGCUGAGGAUCUUGCAGAGUUUGCCCGGCGCCGCAGCACAGCUCGGAGCUCUAUCGGCAACUCUGAGAUAAUGAUGAGAAAGAAGCAUUCCCUUGCAACUCAGGAAGAAAGUAUGAGUACUUCAGUUUAGAAGUAAAACAUACCAUCUCUUUUUUAGUAAGUGCCAAGAAGGUUUUAUUUACCUCAACUGCACAUAAAAAAGUUCCCUGUUGUCUAACACAUAUUACUCAGGCAAUACUUUUUCACAAGAAGCUUACCUGUUUUACUUUAGCAUUGUAUUCUCCAUCCAUCAAUCAAGUUAUUGGUGCCCCAUCUAGGAUUAAGAGUAUGUUUUAGUAAAAAUUAACAUCAUUGGGAGUUCAUGUUUGGAACUCCAACCUUAAUCCUGACAGUGGAUGGAGCACUUGUGACCUGAUGGAUAUUAUGAGGUUUCUGUUGUUUUUACAUGCGUCUUCAUGUAUUUAGACAAUGACAGCAGACAUUUGUCUUCAAAAUAAUUAAAUUUUAGAAAUGGCCUUUCUUUUUCAUAACAGAAAGAGCAAAGAAGAGCAAAGUUCACUCCGUCCUUUUACAAACUCUCUUUGCUUCUUAAUUCUAUCUUUUCAGAUUAAAGACAUCCAGUAAUUGGUCGAAUCUGCUGGAGACUUUUAAUCUAAAACUUUUGCAUAUUCUUAGUAAAAUUAUGUGUGGGGAUGUGUGUGAAAUAAGUAUUGCCAUGUCAAUACAACACUUAGUACAAUACAACACAGUCAAUAUUCAAUACAAAAUAUUCAUCCGUCCCUGUUUCAGUAAAAAUAUCUAGCAGUGCUUCCUUGUGCUUGACAUAGAGAUACAUUGCAUAAAAAUAGAGAAAGAUAGCUUUAUCAUUUAAUUUUAGCUUUUCAGUACAAAGUCCUAGACUCAUUUGUAUUCCUUAUAUUUAGUGAAUUAUAUGUAAUGUCUGUGCUCUAGCAAGAAAAACCAGUUUAGUUAGCAUUACUAUACAGUUAUGUGCAGUAUGUCGCUAAAUUUGCAAAAAAACUUCCCCAUUCUAUGUACCUCUCUUGUUUUGAGGGUGUUUGGGUGUUUGAUGAAAAUGUAAAUUUAGUUUAAAGUAGUACACGUUUUUUUGCUUUGUAAAUAACCGAGCCUUAGACUGCUUAAGAAAUGUGUAAUGUGUUUCUCACUAGAUGUUAUCAGCAGCUGUAAGCGCCUACACCAGCAUUUUUUUUUCAGAUGCAAAACAUUCGGUUUCCUUUUAUGAUGAAAUUGCUCACGCUGUUUAUGAGAAAAAGUGUAUUGCACCUUUACUUUAGUGCUCAUUCAUAUGCUGUCAAUACC